ACGGGAAGUGGAGGUAAAGAGGGCUCCCCCUGCUGCCUGGUGGUUCCUCCCCCUUUACGAGACGCACACACACUGUCUCUCACACACCAGCGCUCACACUGGGACCUUCAGGGCAAUCAGAGCAGGCGUUUGAGGCUCCCCUCAGCUGAGCUGCUGGUGGCUGUACUGCAUCGGACAGGGGAAGAAGUGAGAGGAAAAAGAGGAGGAGUAGAGGGAAAAUCAGAAAGAGGAGAUGUUGAGGGAACGAGAGCAGCGGACGGAAAGAGUGAGGUAGAGAAAGUGAGUGUCACAGACAGAUACCAGAGGAGAAGAGUUCAUCUGUCACACACAAAGCGGACUCUAAAACAGCCCGGCUGCCAAACCCGACUCCGAGUCUACAGCAGUGCUCCGGUGAGACCGAGGGGUUGAACAGGCUGAGCCGGCUGGGUGGGCGUGGCCAAGGGUCGUCAGGAGAGUGGAAACACCUGAGGUGCCGUGUGUUCCAAUGAUGCGCUGAUGUGACAGUGGCCAAGAGGCGGAGGGAAAAGCAAGUGGAGGAGAGCGGUGAAAUAACCAGGAGUUCUUAGGAGAGAAGUACGUAGGAGCGUCUUGAAUUGUUCAAGCUGAAUGAGGGACACCCAGCUUUACCUGGAGCUUCCUGGGGCCUGAUCACUAUGAGGGAGCGGAGCUUUAGAAGAUCAGCAACAGAACAAGUACGACUGCUGAUGAGCCUGACGAAGGCCUACUGGACUUGACAUCAUCAAAAGGAAGAGAAGCCAGUCGAUAGGACCGGAGGAGGACAAUAGGACACAUAUGAGGCGAGACAAUAUAAUAUAUAAUAAGGAAGAAGGUUAGAGAGAGGAGAAGGUUAGAAGUGAAGUCAAGCUUGGGAGUGACAGGAGGCAGAGAUGAAAUAGCUUACAUACUCAGAAAAAGAAGAGACAGGCAAGACGGAAGAUACGUGCUGUCAGUGUUGGGAGAUCGGCAGAAAUAAGCAGUAGUCGCCAUGUUCAUAAACUUCCGUCGUAUCCGCAAGUGCCAGUGCAUGCAGCUGCUGACCACAGGUCUGUUGCUGUGUGUGGUGAUGGUCUGCUGGGAGGAGCUGGACCACCAUGUGGUCAGCCACAUGAGAUCCUACACGUACCGCUACCUGGUCGACAACUACGACUUUCUCAAUUCCUCCUACGCCCUCAGCUCCAGCCGUCGCAACAGGAAGGAGGGUUAUUAUGAUGCGGACGGUGGGUUAGGGAACUAUCCAUACCUCAUGAACCAUCCGGGCAAAUGUGGAGGUGGCGGCAGAGACGGGCAAAGCCGGGAUGAUGUCCUUCUGCUGCUUUUUGUGAAAUCCUCGCCGGAGAACUUUGAGCGCCGCCAGGCCAUCAGGGAAACGUGGGGCAACGAGAGCUUUGUUUGGUCAGAACUAGGGGCAAGCGUGAGGCUGGUGUUUGCCCUCGGUGUGCACCCGAACGUCGGGUGGAGAUCCAGGGUGCAAAGCGCGCUGCUGCAGGAGGACCAGGCCUACGGCGACCUGAUCCAGCAGAACUUUUUGGACACCUUCCACAACCUGACUUCCAAAUUGAUCCUGCAGUUCCACUGGGGCCACAAGUACUGCCGUCAGGCACGCUUCCUCAUGUCUGCGGAUGAUGACAUCUUCGUCCACAUGCCAAAUUUGGUGGAGUACCUGCGGCAGCUCCUGAGUAGCCAAUCAGUGGCCAAAGACCUGUGGGUGGGACAUGUACACAGAGGAGCCCCUCCAGUUCGCCGUAAAGAGAGCAAAUACCACGUUCCCCAUGAUCUGUACCCCUGGCCCGCUUACCCAGACUACACUGCUGGAGCGGGGUACGUGGUCUCAGGGGAUGUGGCCGCCAAGAUCUACCAAGCAACUCUGUUGCUGAACUCCUCCAUGUACAUCGACGACGUCUUCAUGGGGAUGUGUGCCAAGGCCAUGGGGGUCUCUCCCCAGGAACAUGUGUACUUUUCAGGGGAGGGCAAGACUCCGUACCACCCUUGCAUCUAUAAUCACAUGAUCACAUCGCACGGCCACGCCACGGAUGUGCGCUCACUCUGGCAGGCAGCAACAGACCCUACAGUCUCCGGCAACUCCGGAGGAUUUAUAAAUAAUAUUUACUGCACGGCAGUGAGAGUGGCGCUGCUGUGUCUGCCAUAUUACCAGAACACCUACUCCUGUAUGGCCGCUUUCACUUGAAUGGUCUUCAGGUGACGUACUGCUGGAUGCUGAAUGUACCACGGUAACAAAUGAUGGUACCUGAAACAAACGGCCUGCCAUGUUUUUCCUCUUUCACUGUUUGCUGGCUAUUUUAGGUAUUUGCUCUCUUGUAAAUAAAGACAAACGCUGUUCUGUUGAGCAAACCAAUGCACUCUGUUGUUCUUCAGCCAUCAACCGGAUUUUCACUUUGUUUAAGCUAGAGAGAAAAGAUUGGUUGAACCUGUUCCGCUUCUGUUUACAUGAAGGCUUUUUGUCUCUGUGUGCACACACUCAGAGCUCCACACUGUUACUCACUUGGCAAAUUCUGAAAGGCUUUAGCCCUGUCUGGAGAGUCUGAAAUAACAUCUAAACUAGCUGUUAAAUAUGAUGACGUCUGGUGUCACAUGCAUGUCCCAGUGUCUAAAUCUGAAUGCAUUUCUGAAGGUUUGAAGAGAUUUAUAAUCCAAAAAGGUUCAGUAAACAUUUUAUUUUGUGGAUGUCAUUAAAGCUGUAACAAUUAGCAGAUUAAUCAUUUACUUAAUUAAAAGAGAAUUGCAACCAU